GGCGGGACGGACCCACGGGAUGUUCUCCUCUUAGUCCGCUCCGGAAACGCGACCGCGGAUGGAAAUAUCACAUGAUCUUAACGUCAACGCGCCCGCGCCGGCCGAACGGACGCUCUCGGUUUCCGUGGGCUGGCGUUUGUGCUUUAGGUGCUUUUUUCCCUUCACGGUGUUGUGGCGUUUGGGGUCUUUUUCUCUAGACUCCCGGGGCCCGCUUUGGGAUUUCGCCAUGUACCACAACAGUAGCCAGAAGCGGCACUGGACUUUCGCCAGUGAGGAGCAGCUGGCACGACUGCGGGCCGACGCCAACCGCAAAUUCAAAUGCAAAGCGGUGGCCAACGGGAAGGUUCUUCCAAAUGAUCCAGUCUUUCUUGAGCCUCAUGAAGAAAUGAUGCUUUGCAAAUACUAUGAGAAGAGGUUAUUAGAAUUCUGUUCGGUGUUUAAGCCAGCAAUGCCAAGGUCUGUUGUGGGUACAGCUUGUAUGUAUUUCAAGCGUUUUUAUCUUAAUAACUCAGUAAUGGAAUAUCACCCCCGGAUAAUAAUGCUCACUUGCGCAUUUUUGGCCUGCAAAGUAGAUGAAUUCAAUGUAUCUAGUCCACAGUUCGUUGGAAAUCUGCGGGAGAGUCCUCUUGGACAAGAAAAGGCACUUGAACAGAUUUUGGAAUAUGAACUACUUCUUAUACAGCAACUUAAUUUCCACCUUAUUGUCCACAAUCCCUAUAGACCGUUUGAGGGCUUUCUCAUUGAUUUAAAGACUCGCUAUCCCAUGAUGGAGAAUCCAGAGAUGUUGAGGAAAACAGCUGAUGACUUUCUUAAUAGAAUUGCAUUGACGGAUGCUUACCUUUUAUACACACCUUCCCAAAUUGCCCUGACUGCCAUUUUAUCUAGUGCAUCUCGAGCAGGAAUUACUAUGGAAAGUUAUUUGUCAGAAAGUCUGAUGCUGAAAGAGAACAGAACUUGCUUGUCACAGUUACUAGAUAUAAUGAAAAGUAUGAGAAACUUGGUAAAAAAAUAUGAGCCACCCAGAUCUGAAGAAGUUGCUGUUCUGAAACAGAAGUUGGAGAGAUGUCACUCUGCUGAGCUUGCUCUUAACGUAAUUACGAAGAAGAGGAAAGGGUAUGAAGAUGAUGAUUAUGUCUCAAAGAAACCCAAACAUGAAGAGGUAUGUUCUCCAAAGGUUUGAAGUUUUUGAUUUAAUUCCUUCUCAUUGUGGAAUGAGGAAUGCAAUUCAUGAAGUAUGAUUUUACAAACGUGGACUGGAAGAAGCCAAAGUUGACAAUCUUCCAGUGCAGUCCAAGUUAAGUAGCAAUGCUGCUAGCCUCUAGACAGCAUUGCAGAGUGUUCAUCAUUUAUCUUGUUUCUCUUUUAAGUCCCUAAGAUUUGGUAUCAGAGCAAGGUCCACAUUUAUUUCUGAAAAGUCUCCUAACCAGCCCUAUUAAAAAAAGUUUGAGGUUUUAUUUCAUGUUACUGCAAGGAGUACAAAGGCAAAUGACACAUUUCCUAUUCCAGCUUAGGAGAUAAAAAUGGCAUUAAAAUAUAAAAGGCAGAAGAGGAAAUUUCAGCCUGGGGAAUGGUGGAUGAUGAUAGGUCAGUGUGGCUGAAGACUGAGGGGUGAUUAGUGGGGGAGGAUUAAGUUGCCUAGCACUAGAAUGUUGAAAUGUUUUUGGAGAUGUCACUGGUCCAUAUCCCUUCCACUCUAUCCUUUAUCCUGUAACCCAAAUGGGCUACUGCCAUAGUAGUCCAGCUGUAAAGCAGAAGUGAGGGAAAAGUAAUGGGAACUGACACCAAGGGAAGUAGCACAGGAGAGUAGAUUGGGUAGUUUGGCUGUUGAACAUCACUGUUCACCUGUCUCCACAGAAGUAACAGUCUCUAAUAGCUUAAAACUUUGCUAUGCAUCACUCUUCUAAAUCCUUGUUUUUUUUCCUGUAUUAACUGAAGUGUUGCUCUUAGAAUCUA